AUGUCUCUCGUCAACCUUUCCGCCGUCUGCGCCCACCUGAACAAUGCCACCAAGGCCCGUCUCGCUCUCACCUCUAUCCCUAACAGCAACCUCCACCUGAAGCUCUCUCUCGCCCUCCAAAACUCCGGCUACAUCUCCUCCGUGGCCCGCGGAGGCCCGACUCUCCUCCGGCUCAUAGCAUUCUCGGUUACCCUGCAGCGGCUGUGGCUGGGCCUGAAGUACUGGCAGAACGAGUCCGUCCUGGGCAAGAUCAAGAUGGUCAGCAAGCCCACCCGACGGGUCAACAUUGAUGUGGAGGGACUGCGCCGAGUUGUGCGUGGUGAGGAAUCCGGGUUUGUGGCCGGAAUUCGCUCGCCGGGUGAGAGUCUGUACCUCUCUACAGACCGCGGGAUUCUAGAGGCUCGCGAGUGUGUUGAGAAAAAGCUUGGUGGGCUGGUCUUGUGCCGCGUGCUAUAA